CACGGCUGGCUGGAGCCCCUCUUGUCCCGCAUCGCCGAAGAGCCCACGGCCGUGGUGAGCCCCGACAUCGCCACCAUCGAUCUCAACACCUUCGAGUUCUCCAAGCCCGUCCAGAACGGGAAACAGCACAGCCGGGGCAACUUCGACUGGAGCCUGACCUUCGGCUGGGAGGUCAUCCCGCCCCGGGAGAGGCAGCGGAGGAAGGGGGAGACCGUACCCACCAAGUCCCCAACCUUCGCUGGUGGCCUCUUUGCCAUCUCCAAGUCUUACUUUGAGCACAUUGGCUCCUACGACGAUCAGAUGGAGAUCUGGGGGGGCGAGAACGUAGAGAUGUCCUUCAGGGUCUGGCAGUGCGGGGGUCAAGUCGAGAUCAUCCCUUGCUCCGUCGUGGGUCACGUCUUCCGCUCCAAGAGCCCCCACACCUUCCCCAAGGGCACCCAGGUCAUCUCCAGGAACCAGGUGCGCCUGGCCGAGGUCUGGAUGGACGACUACAAGGAGAUCUUCUACAGGAGGAACCAACAAGCUGCUCAGAUGGCCAGAGAGAAGACGUAUGGUGACAUUACAGACCGGCGCAAGCUGAGGGAGCGGCUCCACUGCAAGAACUUCACCUGGUACCUCCAGAACGUUUACCCGGAGAUGUUUGUCCCGGACCUCGCUCCGAGUUUUUACGGAGCG